UUGAAUCCAUUCAACUGCCUGAGAAUAUUUUACCUAAAGCCACCGGUAAAAGAACUGACCAUUUUUUUAAAACUUUCGAUGGGAAGGUUAAUUUUGGUAACCUAUUGACAACAUGCCUGGCAGCUUCCUGUCUUGCCUAGGCCCAACAUCGUUAACCAGAAAGUUGAUAGCAUAAACAGAAUUAAGACAUUUGGACAGAAAGCAGUAUUUUUAGCAACAUAUUUGGAGAUAUGUUGGCUUCAGAGACAUAUUGCCCUUAAAACUGACUGCUGAUCGAAUUGUAAGAGCUACCAGUACGGACUUCUUGCCAACAAAAUAUGGCAAGCAAUCCACGUGUGGCAGAUUAUUUUGUCGUUGUUGGUGCAGAAAAUCUGCAGAACCCAGAAGAAGAUGUUGAAACACUGGAACCAAUCACAGAUCUUGCUGUCAUAUUCAAAAACAGAGGAGAGACACCACCCCCUGGAUACGAAUGCAUAGACCUGACGCCAACAGGCUUGACUGCAGAUUUAAAUGCAGGCUCAAUACGGAGCGAUUCAUGUUUUCUCUGCUACAAAAGAGGCAGAGACAAAGCCCCAUUGAUGGAUAUAGGGGUCCUAUACGAAGGUAAACAAAGGCUAAUGCCAUCAUGUGGGAUCGUCAACAAAACACCAACUGGCCUAGUUGCUAAUGUUAACAACUCAACCAACAUGAGAAUAUUCAUAACAUAUCGACGAGCACUGCCUCAGUUCGCUCACUCGCAACUUGCAGUGAUUGAUAUAUGCGCCAUCAUUGCCAGUAAGGGAGAAAAGCCUCCUCACGCCUUCUGCUUGAUUGACAGAAAUUUAAACCAAGGCCUGGUCGGUUCCGAUGUUUAUUUGUGCUAUCGAAAGUCACUGGCGAGGACUAACUCUGUUUCAUACAAAGCAGAAAUUAUAAGCCGUUAUCCACUUGAAGAUCACCCGGAAUUGUCGCUUCCCAGUUCUGUUCCGCUGUUUUGCUUGCCCAUUGGCGCAGUUGUUGAAUGCUGGGCUGCCAGUGCAAAACCACCCUUCCCGAUAUUCUCUACUUUUGCGCUAACUGACGUCAAGGGAGAAAAGAUAUAUGCUGCAGGCAUAACAUUUUUUGAAGAACUCCCGGAGGAGUCCUAUUCAGAAGAAGUGCGUGCAAUGCUGAAAGAGCAACAGCAAAGCCAUGACGGCGAGAAGUACAUCGUGCACACGAACAAAUGCUUGUGCGUGUUAUCGCAUUACCCCUUCUUCGAUGCCUUCAGGAAAUUUUUGCUGGCAAUUUACAGAUUAUCAAUAUCAGGCUCACAGGCGAUUCCUCUUGAGAGGUACAUAUCUCAUUUUAUGACCAAUGUGGAGUUUCCUACACCUCAAAAACCUCGAGUGCAAGUUCUAAUGACACACGAAUCGUUUGAUCUUGUGGAACCAUCGCAUGGACCCCUACCCAUCAGCGGAGCAUCCCACUCGUCGUUGUUGCGCUGCCUAGGCCCUGACAACGUGCUCACGUUGUUGUGUUGUGCACUGACAGAACAGAAAGUAUUAAUACACUCGCUUCGGCCAGCACUGUUGACAAGUGUCGGUGAAGCCAUCACUGCCCUUUUAUUUCCAUUUGUUUGGCAAUGUCCUUACGUACCUUUAUGUCCGCUGAAGUUAGCCGAUGUGUUGUCAGCACCAUGUCCGUUUAUAUAUGGUAUUGAUUCAAGGUAUUUUGAUCGAGGUAGCCCGCCAGAGGAUGUAACUUGUGUUGAUCUUGAUACAAAUAUGAUCACCCAAGCAAUGCUAGAUCCAAAAGAACCAAGAGACAUUUCGUGGAGACUUUUGCCAAAGAAACCUGCCAAGGCUCUCAAAGACAGACUGGAUGCAAUUUUCAGCGAAGUCCUAAUGACUUACAACGAGGAUGUCGAUAGAGCAAUGGACAUGCCGCCAAUGGAUACUGAUGGGUCAUCUGCAAAACGAAAGGGAAAACUUGAAGUUUGUAUACAGGAGGCAUUUUUACGGUUCAACGCAACAAUCCUCAAAGGCUACAGGCAAUAUUUAUUACCAAUAACAACUCGGCCAACAAUGGAAUCUUGCGACAUUUCAAAGAUUUUUGACUUACAAGGAUUUGUAAAAAGCAGGCCCAGGGAUUCUCAGAAGUUUUUUAACAUAUUGUUAAAAACACAGCAUUUCAGCCAUUUCAUACAACAAAGGUUUUUUGCAUCAUCAAAUGAUACCUUACUUGCAUUUUUUGAUGAUUGCACGGAGAAGUGCGAAGGAAGCAAGCCUCUGCUGCAGGUGUCACAAUCUCGAAACCAACUCACUACUGUAGUAACUCCGCCAGACUGCUCUGGACUGCCACAGAAUGCCAUCUACGAAUACAAUGGUUUCCCAAAGCUGAAAAAUGAAUUGUUUAUCCAAGAAGAUGUGAGCACGAAUCGACAGAAACCCGCCAAUUUGAAGUUGCCUCCAAGAUCACCAGCUGUGGGAAGAACAAAACAUGAACGUGAUCAAUGUGGAGUGAGUGCCAAAAAACAGUCAAAUAGUCCUACUUUAUGGGCAAGGUGUCUGGUGGGACACUGUUUUGCGAUUUGGUUCAUUCAUUUGCCGGCAUACAUCAAAAGUCAUCAUAACAAGAAGAAAGUACUCGAUCAAGCCCUAGAGGUUUUGCAACGAAUUGCUGAACAAAGAGCACAGCUACCAGACGAGGUAUGCUUUCGAGUGCUGAUGCAAUUGGCUGGCCAAUUUGGACACCCAGCUUUAGCCGUCAAGGUUCUUUUCGAAAUGAAACGACAAAAAAUUGCACCAAAUGCAAUCACAUGGAGAUAUUACCACAGAGCCGUCAUCGAAGGCAAAUGGUCAUCUGAUCACAGGUCAGCUAAGGAACUGUGGACGAAAUUACGUCAUAUUCUCAAUGCCAUAAACUCUUUCAAGAAAGGCAAGAAGACUCCUGAUCUUAUCAGUUUCCAUGGAAGCAGUGAGAACGUUGCAAAGGGUGGAGUGCAGGAGACAGCUAGCGAGGGGAAUGGGUCAGACGCUGGUUAUAGCUCGUUAUUGUCAACAGAAGAUCUGACACGAUCUCAGCCGGUAGCGGGAGGUUUAUCAGAAUUUCCGGCUGAAUUCCCCGAAAUGCCAUCCCGGCCUGAAGUUCAAAAUACCGUGUUUUCCAAAUGCCACCGUCGUGUGCACAGUGCUUCAGAAAUGUCAGAACCGGAAAGUGAACCCGGAAGUACGGAUUCUGAGCUGCUAGGAUCUAGUUCCGCUUAUCCUUGGUUUCAGAGGAAGCCAUUGGCGCGUCAUCUUAGCGAAACUUCAAUUGGUUCAAAUUUGAGUGACAGCCCCGGAAGUAACCAGAUCAUUAUCAGUCAUAGCGGAAGUUGGCAGGAACCAUAUCACAUGCCACCAGGUUCAAUGGACUCAUUUGAUGAUUCUGACUUCAGGUAUCCGUUGAGGCAUCAAUCGGAUAUUGCGUUGGAGACUGUCAUGGGAACGAGUCAAGCCUGCAAAAACUGUAAUAGGAUAAUGUAUGAUGAAGAGAUUAUGGGCGGAUGGACCGCUGAUGAUUCUAGUUGGACGACAGUGUGCCCUUUCUGUCAGGAAAAGCAAGUGCCCCUUCUCCAGAUGAGAAUCAAGGAUUAUCGUGGUCUUCAGUCCAAAGUUUGCAGUACCUCAAGCCUCAACUCUGAGCCCACUUCUGUCAGUCAUUCUCUUAGCAGUGCCAUUGAGAUUGCUGGUAAUGAUGACACAGGAGAAACCAGUUCGCUGCUCGGAAGAGACAUUGAUUCGAUCCCAUUGUCCCCCCCUUCAUCAUCAAUGAUGCAGACAAGCGGGGGGUCAAAGCCAAUGCCGAUCAAAAAUAAGCGGUUGAACAAGGACUGGAUGCUGAGCAGCAGUGCGCCAACAAGUGCCAGCAGCAGCCCGUUGCCAGGACACCGCAACAGCCCGAGGCAGCAGUUUUAUCGAGUGCGCAAAUCCAGCAGUAGCAGUAGUUUAACUGUUUUUGUUGCUGGAGCCCCAGAGGAAAAGCCUGCGAUUUCCGUUCAAUACCUCAGUCCUCUUGUCUUAAGAAAAGAGCUUGAAACCCUGCUUGUGAAUGAUGGGGACCUACUGUUGCAAGACAGCGAUGUUGUUGCGAAGAAGCCAAUCUUAUUCUGGAAUAUGGUGUGGUAUUUCAAACGCUUAGGACUUCCCAGUCAUUUGUCAGAUCUUAUACUCCAGUCAUACAAGAACGCAGAAAAAACCAGCCAGGAACAAAGCAAAACUGGAAGUCGUGUUAUAAUAUCAACUUCUUGGGAUAACGAAAGACUUGGUGAUGCUAACCAUAUUUCGUUGUACAUGUUAUGGAGUGUACCAGAAAACCAGCAAGAAUUUUAUUAUGACACAAGACUAGCAUCCAGAGGUCUUCUCAAAUCAUUGGCUGUCCAUAUUCAAGAAAACGAUGUUCAAUCACCCAUGAAUAUUCUCCUGGACGAGAGAAGCAGACAGCAAAAAAUUGAGCCGAAAAUUCAAUGGAGUCUGUAUCGAGAGCUGAUGUUUUUGUCUGUGAUGUCAUGCGGAGUAGAUGCUAUUGAUAUAGAGGCAUUCGAUCGGGAGUAUAAGAAUGCAUACAAACAACUUUAUAAAGACCGUGCUGAUCAGUUGAAAAUCGACGAUAAACCGCCAACUGGCAAGGCAUUUUGGUGCCGGAGAGCGUUCCAACAGCCUACACUUCAACCACGACUGCCAAACAUGGCGCUUCUACCUUAGCAAUUCUCAAUGCUCACUAAUUAGGUAAUGUUUUCAAAGCAAUUGCAUAUAAGGAUGAUCAAUUUGAUUUUUCUUAUCAUAAGCACAUUCGCACGUGCCCCUCACAACGCGUGUCAAAAAGGGUUUUGGCAGACGGUUAAACGUUUAUAGGUUAUUUUUCAUUAUUUAACAAUUUUGUCAGUUCGCUGUAGAAGUUAGUUUCCAGCAGAUGGUAGUUUUAAACGAAUUCGAUUUUUUAUGAGUAGCAUUCAAGCUCCAAUAUUUAAAAUUUUGACACCGAUAGGACUCGUCAGUUUAUUGUUAGCGAUUUUGUUGUUUUACUUGACAUAAUUCUCACAUAUUUUGGCCAAGUGUUUUCAUAAUUAAGCAAGAUUUAUCUUUGCUAAGGCAUAUUCAAACGUCUUCAUCGAAUAAAUCAAUCCCUUGUCCCCAGAAACCGAGGUACAGCUUAUUCGAUGUAUAAGCAAAAUUGUUAGUCCUUCUCAUACUGAAACAGAACAUACCUGCCCAUUGUUUAAAUCGUUUGCUGCUCAUUUAAUCAUGAGCUUUGCCUGAUGACAGGGACCGCGGAAGCAGGUAUCUGAAUGAACCCCCCCCCCCCUAAUAAUUUCCAAAAUGUACUUAAAACCAUACAAAAAGUCGCCCUGCUUUUGUUUUUUGGCAUGUUUGGUCACCCAAAUCGUUUCAGCCCUCUCAAUCUUUAAUAAGCUCCGCGGUCCUUGCCUAAUGAUAUCAGACCCGUUUUACUCACUAUCUUUGUCUCUGUUUUCUAGGGAACAGAAAUAUUCUGUCACUUCCAAAGUAUUUUGUCAGUUCAAUAGACCAUUUUGUCUAAUUAUUAAUUUUUAUGCAAUUUUAUUCCUUGUUAUUAGUUGUUGAUUUAUUUUCGUGCAGUAAAUUAAAUUUAUAAAGUUAUCCACAUCUUUAUAUGGUAUAUUUAUUUUGUCGUAGCAUUUGUCUGGACUUAAAAUGUCCGUUAGAAAAUAGAAGUUGAUUUUAGCUGCCUUGAUUCCUUGUGGAUUCAAAAUGCCCGCUCCGUGAUAUUUUUGGAAAAUUUAUUUUUUCUGCCAGAACAAAGGAAUUUUAGUUUAAUUAUUAGCCUAAGUUGAUGGUAUUUUGAUCUAUUUGGAUUCCUGGAACUGUUUUUAUUAUUAAUAUUUAGAAGACUAACGCAUUAUUCAAAGUAAUAGUUAGGUGUUAGUUUGUGUGAAAUUUGAAAGGGCAUGUGACUUUGAUCACGUGGGUUUGAUGUGAUAUCAAGCGCUUUCACUCCAGCAAAUGCAGUUUACUGAGUGCUCGGUUCAUCGAGGGCUACUGACGCACGUGUUAGGGUAACCUAAAAGCAUAAAUAACACCCCUCCCUUUAUUUAUUUAUUGUAAACAAAUUUUUCCUGGUACAAUUUACUUACAUUGAUCGUUAUUAUAGCAUCAUAUUGUACUGCACGCAAUCUAGUAUAUUUAUAGAAUCUAAAGGCGGGGACCAUUGCUUCUCAAUGUAAUUCAAAGGACGAGGUGCAGAAAACUGUGGAAGGGGUAGCCAUAUAGCUGCAAAAUGCUAGUUUCUUAGUAGAUUUUCUUCUUAUUUUGAAACUUUUUAGCAUGAGUAUAUAUAUAACCUAGGGCAAAAAUUUAUUUGCGCAUGUUUUGAAAGGAAAAAACCCUCUUGAUAGGUGCGUUGUCAAUGACAUUCUAAGACGAGUUUUGUAGGUACCCUAUUUGUUUUUGUCAUUCCUUGCCACGCUGCUGCUGACAAACCUCCACCCUUGGCUGUUUUUAAGUAUUCGCCCGGAACCUGCUGCUGUACUUUUUGUAGUGAAAGCUCGAUAUUCUAAUUCGCUAACUUGUCAUAGUGUUCUUCGUCGUUUUAAUUUAUUGCUUUUAUUGCUUGAUAACUUAACUUAAACAAAAUGAAUUUAUGAGUUCGCUGUAUAGCUUGUAAUUUUAAUACGCUAAUUCUUACUAUUGCACCUGUCUGUUCUUUCCCUGAUCAAGGGAAGCUAGGUUUAGAAAUGGGGAUUUGAAUUUGUGAUAGUUGCUAGCGAUCUUUUGAAUUUUUUUAAGAUUGCUGGAAGAAAACCGUAGGGUAAAAUGAAAUGUACUAAGAAAGUUUAAAAUGCAGUUCCCUUUACCAAUUAGCAUAUGCAAAGUCCCAAACUCUUGCAGGCCUUCGAAUCGUCAUUAACUUCCACAGCAAGAUGAAUUGUUCCUCCCUUAGCUAAGUGGGUCUUCCUGGAAAUACUAAGUUUAGUGAUUAUUCCAAUUCAUCACUGGCUACAAAGCUGCUAAACUAUUAUACAAAAACCUCUAGCAUUUUUACAUUUAGCAAAAAUCGUUAGGCCUCUUUUAUAUUUAAUGAUGAAGAAGAAGAAGAAAUUUCUCUCGAGAUUGAUUGAUGUUAGUUAUGUUGAAUAGAGGUGUGUUAGGGAUAUUUUCAAAUUAGUAAAUUUUAAUAUAACGGUUUAAUAAGUUAUAGUAUAGUUAGUUCUCUGAGCAAUUAAGAGCAAAAAUUUGUUUUAAUCUAUGUCUUUUCCCGUUGUUGCACAUCGUGUGUAAAUGAGAAGGGUGCUAAGGA